CAAACAUUUUACAGAAUGCGUCUACGAACUUCUGAAAACUCAGCAGGUUGGAACUACAUCUGAUGACGUUCUAUGGGCCAUCACUGUGCCUGCCAUUUGGUCAGAUGGUGCAAAGCAGUUCAUGAGAGAGGCUGCUAGCAAAGCUGGUAUCGAAGAUGGAAAUCUGAUAUAAAUAUUAGAACCAGAAGCAGCAUCUUGUUUCUGCCGAGUACAGCAGAUUUGCAGAGUUGUAAAGGUGGACAACAGCGUUCAAUUGGAAAAGAUGCCCGUGGGACAUAAAUACAUUGUAGCCGAUUUGGGAGGGGGAACAGCUGAUAUCGCUGUACACGAAGUUAUUGAUGACAACAAUUUGAGGGAGAUUUCAAGAUCGGACGGAGAUGCUUAUGGCGGCAUACAAGUCGAUCGGGCUUUCUGGAAGUUUCUAGAAGAUAUUUAUGGACCAAACGUCAUUUCAACGUUGCGCAAAGACAAAGCUUCCACAAGAGAUAUUCGAGCCUCUUUCGAACAAAAGAAAAGAAACUUUCAACUCGAUGAAUCUGAAAUACGAAUACAAUUGCGAGGAAUAAAAAAGGCUAUUAAAAGGACAGAAAAUGCAGACACAGACAACGUAAACAAUGAUGCAUUGAAGCGACGGUUUAACGGCAAAGUUGAAUUUAAAGUGGAAAAAUUAGUAAUUCAUUCAGAAAUAAUGCAACAAUUAUUUGAGCCAACAAUAAAUGGCAUAAUUAAAUUCAUUCAAAAGCUUCGUAAUGACGAAAACGUUGACAUCAUUAAUACCGCUAUUCUUGUUGGUGGGUUAUCCAAUUCUAAAUACAUCCAGAAUAUGAUUCAAAACACAAUCCCAGGCCUGCGGGUAAUAGUACCACCAGACCCGACGUUUGCCGUUCUGAAAGGAGCGGUGCUUUUUUGCAAGAAUCCAUCGCAAAUUACCGAGCGUAUUGCACGCUUUUCGUAUGGAUUUUCAUUUGCACGUAUAUUCAAAAAAGAUAUUGAUCCUGUCGGUCUUCGAUUCAAACAGAAUGGCAUCACUUAUUGCAAUAAAGUGUUUGAUAAGUUGAUCACAAAAGGUGAAAUUCUUGUUAAAGGAACCGAGAGACUAUCGGCUUAUACAAGAAUAGAAGAUAUGGAAAAUGGCAAAAAAGCAAAUAUGCUUAGAAGGGUUCCAGUUUUGUCGGAAAUAUAUAAGUCUGAAAAGACAGAUCCCAAAUACACAACUGCAGAGGAUGGAAGCGAAUUUAUAGGAAGGAUUGUUGUUAUGCCGCCAAAUAGUGGAUGGCCUUUGGUAGCUGUUAUAAAACAUGGUCUGGUUGUAGAAGGAAGUGAACUACUCGCUUUCGCCAGAGACCAUGAGACGGAAGCACUAUACGAAGCUCGGUUUGACUGUCUUUAAAGCUGGUAUCGAAGAUGGAAAUCUGAUAUUAAUAUUAGAACCAGAAGCAGCAUCUUGUUUCUGCCGAGUACAGCAGAUUUGCAGAGUUGUAAAGGUGGACAACAGCGUUCAAUUGGAAAAGAUGCCCGUGGGACAUAAAUACAUUGUAGCCGAUUUGGGAGGGGGAACAGCUGAUAUCGCUGUACACGAAGUUAUUGAUGACAACAAUUUGAGGGAGAUUUCAAGAUCGGACGGAGAUGCUAAUGGCGGCAUACAAGUCGAUCGGGCUUUCUGGAAGUUUCUAGAAGAUAUUUAUGGACCAAACGUCAUUUCAACGUUGCGCAAAGACAAAGCUUCCACAAGAGAUAUUCGAGCCUCUUUCGAACAAAAGAAAAGAAACUUUCAACUCGAUGAAUCUGAAAUACGAAUACAAUUGCGAGGAAUAAAAAAGGCUAUUAAAAGGACAGAAAAUGCAGACACAGACAACGUAAACAAUGAUGCAUUGAAGCGACGGUUUAACGGCAAAGUUGAAUUUAAAGUGGAAAAAUUAGUAAUUCAUUCAGAAAUAAUGCAACAAUUAUUUGAGCCAACAAUAAAUGGCAUAAUUAAAUUCAUUCAAAAGCUUCGUAAUGACGAAAACGUUGACAUCAUUAAUACCGCUAUUCUUGUUGGUGGGUUAUCCAAUUCUAAAUACAUCCAGAAUAUGAUUCAAAACACAAUCCCAGGCCUGCGGGUAAUAGUACCACCAGACCCGACGUUUGCCGUUCUGAAAGGAGCGGUGCUUUUUUGCAAGAAUCCAUCGCAAAUUACCGAGCGUAUUGCACGCUUUUCGUAUGGAUUUUCAUUUGCACGUAUAUUCAAAAAAGAUAUUGAUCCUGUCGGUCUUCGAUUCAAACAGAAUGGCAUCACUUAUUGCAAUAAAGUGUUUGAUAAGUUGAUCACAAAAGGUGAAAUUCUUGUUAAAGGAACCGAGAGACUAUCGGCUUAUACAAGAAUAGAAGAUAUGGAAAAUGGCAAAAAAGCAAAUAUGCUUAGAAGGGUUCCAGUUUUGUCGGAAAUAUAUAAGUCUGAAAAGACAGAUCCCAAAUACACAACUGCAGAGGAUGGAAGCGAAUUUAUAGGAAGGAUUGUUGUUAUGCCGCCAAAUAGUGGAUGGCCUUUGGUAGCUGUUAUAAAACAUGGUCUGGUUGUAGAAGGAAGUGAACUACUCGCUUUCGCCAGAGACCAUGAGACGGAAGCACUAUACGAAGCUCGGUUUGACUGUCUUUAAAGUUUGUUUGAUUUGAAAUACAAAUAUACUUCAAAGAGUAAA